AUGGUCCAACUCAUACAAACAACCCUCACCUUCCUCGCCCUACUCCUCUCCCUCUCGACUGCCGCCCCCGUCUCCACCACCUCGGCCUCCACCUCGGUCGCCUCCCGCUCCAGCAACGUCACCACAAGCUUCUCCGGCACCGGCCAGAUCCGCACCCUCUGGGACGGAGCUAGCCACGACGACCUCGGCUGCCUCACGGCUGCCGGGCGCUGGACCACAGACGAGAACCUCUGCGGCACCUUCGUCGCCGUACGCAAGGACGGAGACUCGAUAGGCGCCACGCAGUUCACUCUGACUAGCAAGGAGUCCGGGCCGUGCGAGAUGUCAGGGACUACGUUUGUUUGUGAGAAGGGGAGGGGUGGGUAUAGUUUUGGGAUCUGGCCCUUCCCGAACGGCGUUCCAGGAGUUGAGUGCCUGCGGUAUGGACUGUAUGGCUUGAUGGCGAGCGUGCAGGGGGGACCGCCGGAUGUGGAUGCGAAGCCGAUGGACUUGCGGUUUACUUCGUAUGUCGAGAAGGGAAAUGUUCCACUUGGCCAAAGGGCCUUGAUUCACACCCAUGAACUCAUGACAAUGAGUGACCGCGAGGCCAGAGAGAAAUGGGAGAGGCUUGCUGAAGCCAGCGGCGUCGACUUGAUUUUGGCCCACAAGCUCGCCAUCACGCUAGUAAUCUGUGGUGCUUUAGGCGGUGGUCCAGACUUAUUGAUCAGAGCUUUGGAUCACAUCAAGCAGGCCAAGUAUUCGGACGAUUUGGAGCGCGAAAAGGUCCUAAAGUUCGUUGAAGACACAGUCGUACCGAGCAAUAUGCCAAGUGAUGAUUCUCGCUUCUCUCUACUAUCCUUACCUUUCAGCCAUUCAGACGAGUUGCUCAAGAUUCAUGCCAUCUUUGUACCCAACAUGACUCUGGACAAGCUGAUGCAUUCUCCGUGCACUAUCCAGCUGGCCCUUGACGACGAGAUGCAGGCUUUUGCCAAAAAGAGAUUCAACGACUACUGGAAAUUCAUUGCCAAGGGACCCUGGGCAAAUGAUAUCGUCAGGGACCAUAUCUAUGAGAAACAUAGCGUUUACAGAUAUCCACUUCCGACUUUUUCGAACCACGGGGAUGAGGAAGAGUUCGGGUCUGGUCCCUACAGCAGAAGCGAUAUUCAGAAAUGGCUUGACUCUGAAGCCUUGCUGAACUUGAGGAGCCGCGCCAUGCUGAACUUCUUCGCGAACCGCGCCAUCCUGGACUCCAACAGCCGCGCCAUGCCUCAGGACCAGUUACUCGACAUGUUUGGAUCUCUUUCCUUGAACACAGAUGGUGAUAAUGGUGACAACGGGGGUUCCAUGGAUGCGUCCUGA